ACAGAAGUUCCCUCCUGUAGUCGAAAUCACACGCGGUGGCAGCCGGUUAUGAAUAAUGUAACAUUUUUUUCUAAUUAGAUUUAUUUAGUUGCCACUUAAACAACGAAUCGUAUUAUACAUUUAUACUCUAACAUUACAAAAUUUAGCCAUGUCUAAAACACUUGUAAGUUUGGUUACUGGAGCAGCUUCAGGAUUAGGAAAAGCUACUGUUGAGCGGCUUGUUAAAGAUGGUCAUAAAGUAAUAAUGUGUGACUUACCAUCAUCACAAGGACAAACUGUAUCUGAUAUAAUUGGUUCAAGUACCAAUUUCAUUCCUACUGAUGUCCGAUCAGAAACUGAUGUUCAAAAUGCUAUUGAUAUAUGCAAAAAACUUCAUGGGAAAUUGGAUUUGAUUGUAAAUUGUGCUGGUAGAAGUGUUGCUCGAAAAGUUUACAACUUUAAUAAAGGCAGUCCUCAUAGUUUAGAAGAAUUUAUUGAUGUAAUUAUGGUGAACACUGUAGGUACUUUCAAUGUUAUCAGAUUAGGUGCUGCUUUGAUUGGAGCUAAUGAAACUGAUGAAAAUGGACAGCGGGGAAUAGUGAUCAAUACAUCAGGAUAUUCUGCUUAUGACGGACAAAUGGGCCAAGUUGCAUUAGCUGCCAGUAAAGGAGCUAUAUCAGCUAUGACAUUACCUUUAGCACGAGAUAUGGCAUCUCAAGGCAUAAGACAUUGCUCAAUAGCUCCAGGAUUAUUUGAUACUCCAUUAGUACAACAUAUGCCUGAUAAAGUUAGAAAUUAUUUUGCUGACUUGACACCAUUUCCCAAAAGAUUAGGAAAUCCAGAAGAGUUUGCAAAGCUUGUCAUCAGUAUUGUUGAUAAUCCAUUUCUAAAUGGAGAAGUUAUUAGAUUAGAUGGUGCGAUUAGAUUUAUUUAAAUUUAUUAUAAAGCUGUCAAGAAUCUAUUGUAAUAUUUAUGAUUAAAAUAAUAUAAAUACCUUUAUGUUUACAAUUAAUUGUAGUCCAUUUAUAGAAAAUAAAAUUUAUUUAUACUUUUUAACACUGUUAUUUGUAGUAAGGAAA